CUGUUCUCCAAUCAACAAUGGGAAGCCUACUAAAACCAGGGCAUUUCCCCUUAUUCAUAUGUACUGCUUUGGCAUUUUUCAUUGCAGCCACUCAGGUGGCUGCAAAUAAACCCUAUGUUUAUCCUUCAAUACUGCCAAAGCACCACCCCAAGCCUUACCAUAAGCAUUUGCCUUAUUUAUACAAAUCGCCUCCGCCACCACCAUCCAAGUACUACUACAACUCACCUCCACCACCGUCAUAUUCUGUCAAGUUGCCACAACUUCCGAAGCACGUCAAACAUCCCAAGUAUUAUUAUAAAUCUCCACCACCACCAUUGAAGAAGUACUACUACAGGUCACCUCCACCACCGCCAUAUUCUGUUAAGUUGCCACAACUUCCGACGCACGUAGAACAUCCCAAGUAUUACUACAAAUCUCCACCACCACCACCGAAGAAGUACUACUACAGCUCACCUCCACCACCGAAGAAGUACUACUACAGCUCACCUCCACCACCGCCAUAUUCUAUCAAGUUGCCACAACUUCCAAAAUACGUAGAACAUCCGAAAUAUUAUUAUAAAUCUCCUCCACCACCACCAAAGAAGUACUAUUACAGCUCCCCUCCACCACCGGCAUAUUCUUACAAGUCACCACCACCUCCAAAGCAUGUAGAGCAACCCAAAUAUUAUUACAAGUCGCCACCACCACCACCAAAAUACUAUUACAGCUCGCCACCACCUCCAAAGUAUGUAGAACAUCCGAAAUAUUAUUACAAGUCUCCUCCACCACCACCACCUCCUGCAUACUAUUACAAGUCACCACCUCCACCAUCACCUUCACCACCACCACCAUACCACUACAACUCACCACCUCCACCAUCUCCCUCACCUCCUCCACCAUACUACUAUACUUCUCCACCACCUCCAUCACCACCACCACCUCCGCCGCCGUACUACUACAGCUCACCUCCUCCUCCAAAGGGUUAUUAAGCUUAUACCAGCCAGACUUUUGUUCUAUUCUAAUUUGCACCGGAACACCUAAAUUUUUAUGCAUGAGAGUAUGCUUUCAUCUUUGAUGUGCUGAACUUUUUGUUAAUUGAAUAGAUUAUAUUUGGAAAAUUAAAUAAGCAAGGAGCUGUGUGAGAUCCUUGCUAUUUCAUUGUUUUUUCUGUAUCUUUUCGUUUUACCAACAUUUAAUGGAAAUUCAACUAUAUGUUCUCUUUUAA